CAUCUGAAAAAUGUUGUGCACAACGUAACGCUCUUGACGACGCCAGAUGCAGUGUAGUUGACACCAGCAUCUGCAGUACCGGUACAGGUCUAAACUAACCGGCACGUCAGCUACCCACUUUGCUCACUCCAGCUACCAAGUAGUAGUACCACCAUGGCAGAUCAUUAUUACUACACAACAAGUAAAUAAUCAAAGAUAGAUAGAUAGCUAGAUAGAUGGUUAUUGCAAAAACCAGCACUAACCAAAAGCCAGGACUCGGUGCCGUCUUGUCGACGACCACCAUUGGGUUUCUUUCCAGCUCGCGUCAAGCCCAUUCGGCAGAUCCGUCUCCGUACGAACGGCUCAAGCCCAGUGUGGAAGCCUUUACGAAAUUUCUCAACACGACGGGGAUUGAAAAAGAACUCAAAGAUUCGUUGGGGUUUGCACUACUGCCUCGAUUGGGUUUGUUGUCGCAAAUUCAAACCAUUCUCAAUGCCCGAUUUGAUCGAAGAGAGCUCUCGCGGUUGACUACUACACAUGUCGCAGAAGAAUUGCCCACGGCGCACGAAGCCUUGCGGUAUAUGCGCUAUGCGACGGCCGUCUAUGGACCCACCAUGAUUGCUGCCGCGCAAUUGCGGCAACACGAUAAUUCAUCAAAAACAAAAUCAUCAACGACAACCACACAACGGGAAAAAGACACGCGAACUUGGAUCAGUGAACACGUGCAAGUUCCACCCGAUGAUAUUGUAUUGCUCGAUGUGGAUUAUCAUGAAGGUACCAAUCAUGAUCACUUGCGUCAUUUGGUGGCUGUCGAUCACGUCCACCGCACAGUGGUCUUGUCCAUUAGAGGCACGUACAAUUUUUCCGAAAUUGUGGUCGAUAUCACGGCCUUUUCGACACCCUGUUUUGGAGGAGAAGCGCACAGUGAAAUCUACGCCAUGGCGCAGCGGCUGUGGAAAGAGGCUGUGGGAGACACGAUUGUGAAUUUACUAAAACAAAAUGAAGACUAUGAAUUGAUUUUGACAGGUCAUAGUUUGGGAGGUGGAGUGGCCAGUCUCAUCAACAUGAUGUGUCAACAAAAUCAACGAGAACUAGUACUGGGGCAUCCCAUUCGCUGCUUUGCCUUUGCCAGUCCUCCCGUCUUUACUCCACUCGAAUGCAUCCCGGAAGCCGUACAAUCCACCACCAAUUACAUUCUGGAACAAGAUGUCGUAUCCUUUCUUUCGAUUGACUCGGUCCGACACGUCUUUCACUGCGUACGAACCAUAGAGGAGUAUAUGCAAACCAAAAUGUCCCACGGCGCACGCAUGCAUUUGGUCUUGGCGCGCACCAAACCACCGGAAGGAAUGAUUGAUGCCGUCAUGGCCGUCAAUGGCAGUCGUCUUGCCCCCAAAGAAGGGGCGCCGGUAUUGUCCAUUCCCGCCGCGGCCAAUAUCUGGAUGAAAGAACAGCCAUUGGGGGAAUACGAUUUUGAGGCCUGUGAUUCCCUCAUAUUGUCGUGGAUCGGAGUCAAUGUGGAUAUUGAAUAUUUUCAGUAUCAUUUGCCGCCGCGAUACGAGUAUGCACUCGAACAUCUCAUGGAUCAAGUGUAAAUUCGGCUGCACACAACAAUUCUCACCACAAACAAUAAAGGCUACGAGCUCCCGUCAAGUCAGGAGCCGGGAUUACAUCGUAGCCAAAACUCGACCUGCUACAGCGACGGGAGGAAUACCGGUGCCGUACGGUACGGUACGGUACGGUACGGUUUCCAGCUAGCGCUACACCACGCUUGAAUCUGAAUUGUAAUCUAAAAAUGCUACCUUAUGCUACC